AUGACGACCUACUCGACCAUCACGGAUGGUAACAACGCCUCUUCUGGAGGCGCCCGCGACAUGUCGAGGACACGGCGACGAGGCGGCAAGGAUGGCGGCCACGGGGGCCAGGCGACGACCAUUAGCAGCAUCGUCAACCUGCUGAACACGAUUGUCGGCGCCGGCACUCUGGCCAUGCCUUCGGUGCUAUCGCACAUGGGCAUCAUGCUCGGUGUCGUCCUGAUAUUAUGGUCUGGCGUGACGGCCGCCUUCGGACUCUACCUUCAAUCCAAGUGCGCUCGCUACCUCGACCGCGGCACCUCGUCGUUCUUCGCCCUGUCGCAAAUAACAUAUCCCAACGCUUCCGUAAUAUUCGACCUCGCCAUCGCCGUCAAGUGCUUCGGCGUGGGCGUGUCGUACAUGAUCAUCAUCGGCGACCUGAUGCCUGGAGUCAUGCUCGGCUUCAACGAUCGCGCGGCCGAUAUUCCGUACCUCGUCGACCGGCAUUUUUGGAUCACCGCCUUCAUGCUCCUGGUUAUCCCUUUGAGUUUCCUGCGCAGACUGGACUCGCUCAAGUACACCAGCAUCGUGGCCUUGGUGUCAAUUGGCUAUUUAAUCGUCCUGGUUAUCUACCACUUUGCUGCCGACCCUCACGCCGAUCCGAGUGACAUCCGAGUCAUCAAGUGGGCGGGAGCCGUGGAGACGCUAAGUGCGCUCCCGGUCGUCGUGUUCGCUUAUACCUGCCACCAGAAUAUGUUCUCCAUCAUCAACGAGAUCAAGAACAACUCGCCCGCAAGCAUGGUGCGAGUCGUUACCUCCAGCAUCGGCUCUGCCGCUUGCAUUUACCUUGUAGUGGCAAUCACUGGCUACAUCACGUUUGGCAAUGCAAUUGUUGGCAAUAUUGUAUCCAUGUACCCUACUGGCGCCGCUUCAACCAUAGGCAAGGCGGCCAUCGUUAUCCUUGUCCUCUUCUCGAUCCCACUCCAAGUCCAUCCAUGCCGCGCCUCUCUGGAUGCUGUUGUCAAAUGGCGGCCUGGCCGCAACAACUCUGGAAGCGGUCGUCCAGGCUCGCCCUUGCUGAACGCUGCGUCGGCGCCACGAGGCGAUCAUGGGACGACUGUGCCCAUGUCAGACACUCGCUUUGCCCUCCUUACCACUGUCAUUUUGACCUUUGCCUACUUUACUGCGCUAUCUGUAAGCAGUCUUGAUCGAGUCCUUGCUUUCGUCGGCAGCACUGGUUCGACGUCCAUCAGCUUCAUUCUUCCUGGCUUGUUCUAUUACAAAAUCAGCGACCCAGAAAGCGUCCAUCAUCAACGACUGCUAAAGGCCGAUGACGACAUAGACGACGAAGGUGACUCGGACCCAGAAGAAACAGGAGGUAUACUUGGUCAGAGCACCGGGAGCCUACCAGAAAGCACCACCGGCGCGACUCCUCGUAGCCAGUGGCGCUGGAGGAAGAAGUGGCGAUGGGAUCUGGAGCACCUCGACCACGGUCUCGUUCGGAAGCUGGCCCUUUCUUUGGCCAUCUAUGGCAUCAUCGUCAUGGCCGUGUGCCUGAUCAUGAACAUCUUCUUCGCCGUCGCUCAUUAA